ACAAAAACAAAAUCUAGAAUAAAAGAUGCUCCAUAAGAAACUUGCAAAUACACAAAGUACUUGAAUCAAAAAGAAAAUCCAAAGAGAGAGAAAGGGAAAAAUCUAGGUGUAUUUUCUUUUCUUGAAUGCGAAAGACCAGAACAACCCAACUAACAACCAACAACGCAUUCCUCAGCUGUCACUGUCAUCAUACUUAUACUCACCUACUGUUACUAUUGUACUAUUGUGAAUAAUCGAUGGACGUUAAAAAUGGCGUGAAUAUCAUAGUUGUACCUUGUACGAGUAGUAUUUUGCAGAUAAGGGAAAUAUUAUGAUUUUUUAAAAAAUAUACCUCAUUAGAAAUGUGUGUUAUUGUGGGAUUUUAAUUGGGUUCUGUGUGUGAGUGGCAAGUAUCAAGUUAGAGGUGCGUUACACUGUGGCAGGUUUGUACCUAAAUAUAGUGCAAAAUAUUGCGUUAGUGCAUCUGUAGUAUAUUUUGAAAUACAUAAUUUUGCCCGGCAUUGAUGAAAAUAAACUUAAGUGACAAUUUACACGAAAUUUUAAAACAUUUCACGAAAAAAUAAAAAAAAGUGAAAGAAUCUUCCAGGUAUUGCACAACAACAUAAGAGUACGGGACAAACCUUCUACGGUAACGGUUUUCUUUUCCUAUAUUCACCAUUUUUUUGUUAUUACAUACUCAAUAUGUACUCCGCGCUCGCCGCUCCGUGCUAGUUUUGUUUUUGUAUUUUUGUUGUCAUUCGAAAUCGCCACUUGUUUGGUUGACUGACAUACAUUUUUCACCUUUUGGUUUUUCACUCGUUUGUCGUUCGUUGUACUUCAUUCGCCGUUCGUCGUUUUUUACCGCUUGAGUUUUUCCUUUGGAACCCGGCGGCGCGGUGCGGCGUAGUGAAUGACGUGAGUUGAUGUGUCCGUCAGUGACGGUCGGCGCGGCGUGAUAGUGUAGUUUGUUAGUGUUAUUACAUUUUAUUUUCGCCGCAUAUAUUGUGCAGAUUUGCGAAUUCGCUGCAAAAAUGAAAAUGCCAAAUUCGCGGUGUUUUCUUCUCUCAUAUGUUUGAUAUGUGUGUAUACACCUCUCUAGACCUACAUCUUUACACAUGUUACUGCUUUAGUGGUUCAUACAAUCAUCGAUGUAUAUGCGAAUGAUGUAUGAAUUAGUGUGUGUUGGGUUUUGUGUGCGUCAAACAAAAAUUACGGACAACACAAAAAUAAAAGAAAAACGAAAUGAAAAUCUAAAACAAUCUGAUUUUUCCUUCGCUUUCUCGUGUGUGCGCUCUUGUUCUCUGUUCUCGUCGUUUUCGUCGUGGUCGUCCCCGAUGGCAUUUUUGUCUUGUGUGCGAAGAAUUGUCGUGUUGUAAAUGCAAAUUUGUACGUACGUUAUUUUAACCCAUUAAGUGCGUUAUCGUAGCAAAAAAAUUCAAAAACAAAAAUAAAACUACGAAUAAUUCCAUACCGCGAAGAGUGCAAGUGUGAAAUGUGAAAAGUGUGUUAGUAGCUUAAAAAAUUCACCCAAAAACAAAGUAAUGAAAACUGCAUAAACAUAGAUAAAACUUACAUCGUACAAAAGAAAAAAAUUCGUCAAUAAGACAAAAAAGCUAUCAAUUGGAAUUUCAAGACCUUACUAUUCCCCUAAUCAAAGUGUAAUAUUAUUUGCAACAAUUAUUAGAAAAAUCUUAUCAAAAACAAAAUCAAAUAAAAAUUAAAGAAAGAAAAUAAUAAUUAUCGACUUUACGACUUUUCGAUGGUGAACGCACCAGCAAUUCAAACUUCAAACAAAUGUCCCUUAUCGAACGACAACGCUGCUGAUGCCCUACAGUCAGCGGAAGUGGUUGUUGCAAGUGAUAGCGAUAGGGAGGUAAAUGCAGCUGCAUAUUCGAGUGGCGUUGGUGAUAAUUUAUUAGAAACACAAAACACUUCAAAUGACUCUACUAAUAGCUAUGCCGAUGACAAUACCAAUGCCGAAGCUAAUGUCAAUGCCACCUCCACUAAUAGUGACACCCACAACCAUCACAAUGAUAAUGACGUUGAUGAUGAUAUGACAACAACAUCGACAGUAAUUAUUGCCGCCGAACAAUUGUCAGACAUAAUUGAGUAUUCCACUUCUGAUGAUGUUGAAUUAAAUGGCAACAAUAUUGACACAAGUGCAAAUAUUUCAAUUCCAAAAAACGAACAGAGCACCCAAAUCGAUGACGAUGAUAAUUCAUCAAAUUGCUCAUCGACACGUGAUAAUGGUGAAGACGUCAAAAAAUUGCAAAAUAACGGUGAAGAACUGAUCGAAGAAAAUAACGUAGAAUUAUUCGAAAAUUUAACGUCCGAUAACGAUAACGACGACGACGGUGAAAGUGUAUUGCGUGUAGAUAUCGAUAACACUCACGAAGACAAUCUCGAUAAUUUUGAAAAAACCGCGAACGUAAUUGAUGAUAUCGAGGAAGAGACUUAUUGCGUGGGUUAUUUUUACGGACAAGAUGACGUAGAAACCACUCCAACCGUAAGUGAAAUCGAAAAUGUUAUCGAAAGCCACGACAUCAACGUCGAUAAUAAUAAGAAUUGUGAUAGUAAAAAAUCAAUGAAAAGUGGUCUUGAAACCGUCCCCGAAGUGAAUGAAACAAGUGAAACUGUCGAACAGAGCAAAUUAAUUGCUAACUCAAAUCUUCCCCCGACUACCUUAGCAAUUCCAUCAGCGGCAUCAGUAUCCCUAUCCGUUAGUGCCACAAAGCCAUAUAAUAACCCAGCCAACCGUUCAAUUCCUCAGAUCAUUGGCAUUCCUGGAAUAAUGGCUCAGCAUCAGCACCAACAGCAACAGCAACAGCAACAGCAUUCGAUGCCACAGUCCGUACAUAAACAACAUCAGCCGCAACAAUCAGUGGGGGGGCUGUUGCAGCCACUUCAUUUGGCGACCCUCGGUGCACAUGCCGGUGGUGGAGCAGCAGUUAACCAACAAAUCUCUCCCACCCCGGGUGCAGCAGCUGCGUUAACAGUGUCAACUGCAAUCCAGCCCCAUCAUCAUCACCAUCAUCAUUGUGUGCAUCAUCCGCACGUGCAUCUGCAUUCCCCGGCAGCCGGUCCGGGCCAACAGGCUACAAAUGGUGGUGUAGUUGGGACAGCAACAGCAGCACAAGUAGGGGCGACGGCAGCGGGCCAUCCCCAUACACACAUUUUUCCGUUGCAAGUUAUUUCCCUGGCCCAAGGACCUGGCACGGCAGCAGCAGCAGCAGCAGCAGGAGCUGCAGCAGCCUGGCCUUUGGUUGAGGCGCCAAUUUACGUCGAUGCCAACGGGGAAUACCGGACCUAUUGUCCUGCGCAUCCACAAGGACCCCCGCCUCGGGAGCACCGUGUCCUGGUGCAAUUGGAUGCAGGCGUAUCCCUUCCGCUGCAGAUAGCCGGGAAGCGAAAAGUAUUCAGAGGUAAGUGGUGAAUUUUAUUGAUUUUUGCUAGCACUCAGACAUCAGACGUCAGACACGAGAGACGUCGACAGCGACAACGACGCGACACUUUCUUAAUGAACAAUGUGUUCAACCAAAAAAAAAUAAACAACAACAAAAUAAGAAAAAAAAAACACCAAAUAUGUAUCUACAAAAGUCCGUAUGUAGUUUAGCACAACAUCAAAGACUGGAGAGGUCUGGAACCUUGGCAUGAUUAUAUCGAGGAGGAAGACAUGAGAGACCAACAACAACAACAAAAAAUACCCGUAAACUGAAAUGUACAAAACUUCAUGAGGCUCACGUGUCUUCGGUUAUAUUAAAUUUACUCCUUGGGGCUACAAAAACAACAACAAAAAGAUAUGAUGGAGAGACGACUGACGUACAUUAUUAAGUACCGACCAAAACUAUAUACAAGUACAUACAUAUAUGUAUCUUAAACCAUGAUUAUAGUAUAUAUGGAGGUAUUUGAUGCAUUUCGAGUAUGUUGUUUCAUUUAGGGAACACAACAACAACAAAAAAGAUGAACAUCAGGUAAAGUGAGAUACUCCUAAAUGUAUCUAUCAAAAGUGGAUAAUGACGCAAGACCUCCCCCGUAUCUACAUUUUAUACUCUAUACUGGGGCAUUAUGUUAUUUAAUUUUUUUUCUUUUUUUCAAGAGUUAUAAGGAGGAGAUAUAUGAAAGGUACCUAAAGACUAAAAUUUGGUGGGAAACUUUUUAUCUUUAUAAAAAAAAACAUAAAAUAAUGAAUUUUUGCUCAAAAAAUGCAAGUUGACCUUUUAUCACCUUUUAGUGUUUUGGUGUGCUUGGUUUUUUUUUUGAAAUGAAGUUAAUUAGUGAGUUGUGUAAAGGUAUACUGAUGCAGUGCAAUAAGUCGUGUUGUAAUUCACAUUAUAAGUAUAUUUUUGAUGGUUUGAACUUAUUUAAAGUCAUUAAUCAAAAAAGCACUUUAAAUUGGAAAUAAAAUAUAUUUUAAAGAGGAGUUUGAUGAUGAUGGGUU